AUGCAACCAUUCCAAUGGUGUAACGGAUGCCUGUGCGGUUUGAAUUCUCCAAGCUCUGAACACGACUGCAGCAUGACGUCUGACAUGUAUCACCUGCCACUCAAUGUGUACGUCAUUGUGCUGGGCAUUGGCCUUUUCGUCUUUAUGCUCAGUCUCAUCUUCUGCUGCUACCUUUUCAGGUUGAAACAACAAGGAACUAGGGAGCAGUUCAGCUACAAUGAGGUGGUGCUGAAGGGAGCAAGCAAGAAACUCAGCCUGCUUGGACAAACCUGUGCAGUGUGUUUGGAAGAAUUCAGGACCAGAGAUGAACUGGGAGUGUGCCCGUGCUCACAUGCAUUUCACAAGAAGUGCUUGUUGAAGUGGCUGGAGAUCCGCAGCGUGUGCCCAAUGUGCAACAAACCCAUCUUGCGGCUCCACACAGAUGCCCCGCAGGGUGCCGAGGGUCCCAUGGAGCCAGAGGAGGUGUGA